CCUUAAUAGAUGCUACCAAACUCCUAGACUGAUUUCUUGGGUUUAUGUUUUGGUCCCUAGAUGGCCGGUGCCGCAGGAUGUCGCAACAACGACGACGAUGGGAGGAAUGGCAUUCAAGAACUGGCACGGGUCAUCCGGCAGUCGCAGCGAGAGCCCUACCCUAAGAUUGAUGUUCCGUUGUUCGACGGGAAUCAUGCCUCUUCUUGGGCAGACAAGUUCGAGCAAUUGGGAUAUAGCAACGAAUGGACAGAUGAGAAGAUGCUUCGCAUCGUUAAAAGAUACUGUCAGGUGGGGUACCGAGACGAGAUCGAUGAGCUGGUGCGAAUCUCUCAUGAUUGGUUAGAUUUUAAGGUGCCGUUGUUGGGGAAGUACCAGCUCAGCGACCGGUUGCUCGACCAGCAAGAUUUGAGGGCAGUGGAUCGUAAAAAUUUUGGUACUACCAAACAAUUUUUAUCGGAAUUUGAGCGUGUGGCUCGCCUAAUCCCGGAUCUGUCCGACAAAGAUCGCUGCCUUAUUUUCCUUGAUAACUUCAACGACGUCGAACAGUCGAAAUUGGUUGAAGGGAUGCAAGGGAGGUAUGACUGGACUAAGGUCCGACAAAAUGCGCUGGUGGGGAAGUUCGACGAUAUCCUCUACCGGCUGUUGAGGCAACAAAAGGAGGAACGGAAAAAGAUUGCUUCUCCUGAAGAAGUGCGGUUGGCCGGGGUCGAGGAGACCAUGGCGUCGUUACAUGUUGGCGACUCGUCGGCGGAACCAGGAGGGUUUAGGGAACAAGUGGUGGAACGAGCGCAAACCAUCACGAGGCGGCUUGCCCGAUGCCGGGACUCUAUCAUUCGACUUUCCGUGGACAUGGAGGAAGUCUGGCCUGGAUUGCCGAAUGUCUUUCGCUUCGGCGAAUGGGGUGAUAAAAGGGAAGAUACGUCUGGCCAAGCAGGGACGUCUGCUCCGAGAGAAGCAUCGCAAACUGGGCCAAUGCAGCUUCAGAAGGAAAGAGAGUCUGGAAAGGUAGUGGAAGAAGAGCCUAUCCCCGUUAGUGAGAACGAUGAGGAUAAUGAGGAUGAGAAGUUGCGGGCCGAAGAAGAAGAACGGGUUCGUCGUCGUGCACUGGAAAGGGAGCCAGAGAAAGGGAAGGCCGAAGCAAGCGAGGAGGAGUCACGAAAGAAUAAGAACGUUUAUUCGAUCCCCGUGGAGCAGGGGGUCGAUAUCGAGCAACUCAUCAAUAAGAUUCUGGAAAGUCAGCGCGACUUGGUCACGCUGAAGGAAAUUUUGGCGGUAUCGCCGAAGAUUCGAGAGGAGUUUAAGCAGCGGAUGACUCGCAAGAGAGUCAUGACUGUUAAGCUCGGCGAAGUCAUUCCGCCGGAAGCUAACUGGUCCCCGCCUGGGACGAAGAUGGCAUGGCGAAGUGUAUCAACCGGCCAUAUGAAGGUCCAGAUUGGACAGCAGGAGUACUCGGCACUUGUGGAUGAUGGAGCUGAGAUGAAUAUCAUUCGUGGGCGUCAUACCAUUGAAGCUGGGUUGAAGAUCAACAGAGAUGACUAUGGGUUUUUGGUGGGUGCUAGCGGAUCGACCCCAUUCUGCGAGACAGUCGGUGGCGUUCUCGUCACAGUCGGGAAGGUCAAAGUCCGCUCUUAUUUCUACGUGUUACCUAGAGUGGAACACGAGGUGCUUCUGGGAAGGGCGUUUCUAUAUCCGUCGGAAAGCAUCAUCAUUAACAAGCAUGAUGGAACCAUGUUUGUAAUUCUUUGCGAUCCUGUCUAUGGUUAUUACGAAGUGGUCAAGUGUGCGAACACUGAACCCCAUUGCUCGCGGAACCGGUUGAACCCGGAAUCCUAUACCUUUCCGGAGUCAGAGAAGUUGAGAAGGGAGAAGGAAUCACUAGGGGAGGAGCCGAAUCCUCGUGAGUUCUCGCUGACCCUGCCUGAUAUUGGGCAGGCAAUCGAUUUCGUGUCGACACAUGCGGCGAUUGAUCCAAAUGUGGUGCAAGCCUUGACGAAGAUCAUCACGGACACCAGAAGCGCAGGAACUAUGCGCCUUGUUUACUCCCUGUUGGAGGGGAAUAAGGGAGAAGAUCAGGAAUUGUCCUCCACUCGACAGGGUCCUUCUUUAGAGGACGCAGGCUUGACACCGACGCCAAACGUAAGUACAAGAAAGCUUGCCGCCAGAGUGGAGCGCUUGCGAAAGCUUGUGCGCAAAGGUCAGAAGUGGGAAUGGGGUCCGAAGCAACAAGAGGCCGUGGAGGAUAUAGAGGCUGAGUUUCGUGAGGGCGGAUUGAUCCUUGAAGUUCCCUUUUUCGAUGAUGAUGAGAAACGUCCUUUUGUUAUUGAGACCGAUGCGGGGCCCACAACCCUAGGAGGGGUCUUAGUUCAGAAGGACGCUGAGGGGCAGGAAAUGCCUCUCAGAUUUGAAAGCAGGACUCUGAAUGUUGUUGAGAGGAACUAUUCCCAGUUCAAAAAGGAAACUUUGACCGUGCUUCACUGCUUCCGCAUCUUUCGGAAUUAUGUGUUUGGGGGACGCUUCAUCAUGCGGGUAGAUCCAACUCCUUCGGCUCAAUCCUUAAGGACUUAUUCACCUGUUGAUCCCACCAUUGCACGAUGGUUGACUUAUAUUUGGAUGUUCGACUUUGGAAUCGAACGGUUUUCGGGGAGUCAGAAUCGCGUUGAUGGGCUAAGUCGGGUUGAAUGGGAUCCGGAAUCGGAUCAGGCAGAAGAAUCAGUUCCGGUCGAUGCCUUUCUGAAGGAAGAGGAGUCGAGAUUGAGUAUUAACACUCUUGCCUACCUGACUGAUGCAGCCACUUGGCAUGGGAAAUCGAUAUGGAAUGCUCCUACCUUUCACGAGGUACGUCCAGAACUCGUGGUGGAGGAACCUUUCAUUGAGGAGGAUCCAUGGGGUGAGCAGACCGCAGAGGAAAUGAUGAGGCUAGCUUUGACCGAUGACAUCGACCUUAUGCUUGAUCCGCUAACAAUUGAACAAGGUCAUACGCAGGCUGACAACGCUUUCGAGACCGUUGGAAUGAUGUCGUAUAUCAUGAACUUGUUGGUUCAUGAGGAUCGCCUGAGGUUAAUGAAUGCGGAAGAAGGAAGCAGUGAGGUCAAAGAAGCGUUUAAGGAAAAGGAGUACGAGGGGGAGUAUAAGGAGAUAGGCAUGUGGUUGAAUGGGGAAUUGGACGAAAGCGAGGUUGAUCCGGUUGUGCGGGAAAAGAGCAAAGGAUUUGUUGUUCGUGAUGGUCAUAUCUUUAAGAAAGAUGCCGAUUGUGUCCCCAAGAGGGUGGUAUGCGGAACCUUUCGACAGUUGGAUGUGAUCGCUGCCUUGCAUGAUGGGGUAGCCGGCGGGCACAGGUCUGCGCGGGUAACUCUGAACAAGAUCCAACGUCUCUAUUUCUGGGAAGGGAUAAGCAAGAUGGUGAUUGACUUUUGUAAAUCUUGUUUCCCUUGUCAACAGAGGUCUAAUAUCCGCUACCUUGAGCCCCUAAAUCCACGUUAUGUGGCAGAACCAGGUGCGGUGGUGCAUUUGGAUCUUCUGGUAAUGCCACCUGGUAUAAAUGGCUAUAGGUAUAUCUUUGAUGCACGAGACAAUUUGACUGGGUUCGUUGAUGGUCGUGCCAUUCGCGAGCGUACUGGGUCAGUCUUGGCGGAGUGCAUUGAGGAAUAUUACUUCCGUUAUCCAUUUAUUCAACAGAUUGUUAUGGAUUGAGGAGGCGAGUUUCGAGCAAAGAAGGUGCAAACGCUUUUGAAGCGACUUGGGUUGGUUCUGACUUUUGUCUUAGGCUAGCGAAGGGAAUUAUAAACUACUGAUAAAAAUAGUGAGAUUGAAAGGUUAUCAAUGGGAUUGUGAUUCCUGUUGUUUUGUAAUAAUGGAUUUGUGCCUUAGUGCCACAGACAAUUAUAAGAUGACUAUGAUAUUUUUCUCACAAUUGUCUCUAUGCAUAAGAGGUAUUGCAUACUGGUUGUAAAGUAAAAGAGUGAUACCAAA